AUGGAUGCAAAAGAGGUGGAUAUACAAGCUGCGAAGGGGGUAUUAAGCUGUGCAACCCAGGAAGUAAAGGAUCUUUACCAUCUUCUAGAGCAUGAAUUUCUGCCUCUAGAUCUUGCAUUAAAGAUACACCCAUUGUUGACCAAGAUUUCAAAAGUUGGGGGUAAGCUUUCUUCCGCUUCGUCUGUUCCAGAGGUGAAACUUUCUCAAUAUGUUCCUGCCGUGGAAAAGCUUGCUACUCUGAGGUUACUUCAGCAGGUUUCUCAGGUGUAUCAGACAAUGAAAAUUGAGUGUUUAUCUCAAAUGAUUCCGUUUUAUGAUUUUUCUGUUGUCGAGAAGAUUUCAGUGGAUGCUUUUAAGCAUAACUUUAUUGCCAUGAAAGUUGAUCACAUGAAGGGUGUCGUACUGUUUGGUAAUUUG